ACAAGACACGAAGAGGUACAAGAAUUGAAUGCACCAUCGCGUACCGACAUCCAAGUUAUUCAAUCAACAAAAAUAAAUCGGAAAGUGCGUCCUCGGAGUUUUGGUUAAUCAACAAUUUGCAAUGAAUUGGUUGACUCUCAAUUGGAAAUCUACUUCGAAUGCCGUCUAACACAUCUCGCGUUGCCAUGGAAAUCCGCGAAAAUGACUACACUGGUCCUGGACUAAAAAUAUUUAGGUAAACAACGUGGUACCAUAUAUACUUUGUCAGGAUGACAGAGAAACGACUGUCGUUGGGCAUCAAUGUAAGCAUUUUACUAAUACUGACGAUAUUUGGCGUGCUUCUGUCUUUGCCUUUGCGAUUGUUGUUCGACACGAAUUACUCCGAGCAGAAUCACGGAGAUGAAAGUGGUGUCAGUGACCCGGGCGAGAAAGGAAAAGAAUCCGCGAUACCGAUAGAUCAUCGAAAAUUAAAGCGCUGUCCGAAUCUACAGUAUGAGGAUCGCUUGAUGUCCGUCUUUAUGAGCGAUUACGACGGAAAUUGCACGUACGUGCAAGACGAGAGCGACGAUGACGAAGAUGACGAUGAUGAUGACAGCGACUCUGAAGAGGAAGAGGAUAGUAGAGAGGAUGAGGACGAUGAGGAGGAGGAAACACACAAGUCCAAGAAGAGCAUCGAAGAAAUGAAAGAAAGCGCUGAAGAGAUCUUGAAGUCGCGUCAAAUGAAGUCCGUCACGGUGGCAGGCCACAUACUCGUGACGAUGUUGCUCGUAUCAGUAAUAGCUGCCCUCGUUGAAGUACUGCGAAUACGCUUCGCCAGAGAAAAAGAUUCGUCUAGGGCAGGCACGAUUAUUUCACGGAGAAGUUGCUCCUCCAACGUGGACAUAUCCGCCAUAAGACGUCCCAUUUCAAGAGAAUUAAUUAGAAGCUAUAAGUCCUUUGAUAUACCAGGAGUGCAUCAUUCCACACUGCGUCUGUUAGGAGCGCGGCCGCCCCCGCUUAUCCGUCGCUCCUCAUUUCCAACACCACAAGCAAAGAAAACCGCUACUUCAUCUCUUUGCGGUACACCGAGUAAAGGGCUGACGCGGCGCCAAUCGGCUGAAUCAGAAGAAGAAAUCAGGAUUGUUACUAACACUCUUCAUCAUCGCACUCGUCUGAUUCGACGCCAUUAAAGCGACGAAACAAGUAUACAUCAAUCCAUCAAAUUCCUUGUAUCUACAUUGGUGACAAAAUUAACAGGGUAUACGUCUUCUACUAUACGGUAACAUGCAACGCACAAUGAUCACAUCCAAUGAUCUUUCUUACGCUUGCACAACGUCGAAAAAUUUAAGGAACAGAUCUUCCAACGCAUCCCUUACGGCGGCUUCAAUAGUGCUCCAUUUUCGCGACGCUUUUAUAUCACGCUGUUCAUUAAGUUCUGCUUUCUAGCCAGGCACUCUUUGAAAUAUUUAAGAUUACAUUGAUUAAUAUACAGAAUCAAUUUUCAGGAUCAAAAACUAUCGCGUGAGCUACGGUGGAAAGCUGAAUUACUACAGCACAUGCCUGGACUAACAUGUUUUAAUAAAGUAUAAUUUCUAUAUUUUUUUCCAUAUUCG